CGUAGCACACCGUAGUCCAAUCUGUUGAUAUGCUGAUUGAUACUGCGAAAAAGGAGGCUGCUGAUCAGAAUGUCAUAGAGGCGGGUGCAAGCGAUCGCGUGAGCUCCGAGAUGCUCGCCGCCCACGUCACCUCUCUGAAAAUGCGAAACGCCAAAGAGGUUGAAGACAGGAACUACAUGCAAAUUGAUCGUGACAACAUAAACGCAUUCUGGGACAACUCCAAGAGGGACCUGGAUAACAAAAAGGUCGAGGUCAGAAAUAAGGACCGGGAUUUGGAAGAACUGCAGUUGCAUCGACAAGUUGAGAUAAAUAUUUAUAAGAAAAAAGUUAAACAUUUGAUGUAUGAACAUCACAGUCGCAUUACCACUUUGAAGUCUGAAGCUGAACUGGCGAUCAAGAUGCGUGAAGAUGAAUAUCGCAAGCGCUUCACGGAGCUGUUGAACGAAAAACGGUCGCUUAAGAUGGAGCUGAAAGAGGCUGAGCUUGCAGAAGAGGACUUAGUUCGUCAGCAUAAUCUCGAUCAUGCAAAGGAAAUUACGAAGCUGCGACAGGAAUUCGAGGCUAACGUCAAUGCGAUCGAGCAGAAGUAUGAGAAGAAGAUGAAAGUGCUAAAAGAAGACUCUGAGCAAAGACGCACGCAUGAAAUCCACGAGAUCGAAGAGCGCAAAAAUGCACACAUAGAUCGCCUCUUGAAGGACCACGAUAUUGCCUUCAGUGAAAUAAAGAACUACUACAACGACAUCACGCACAACAAUCUGGAUCUUAUAAAAACACUCAAGGAAGAUGUUGCUGAACUGAAAAAGAAAGAGGCCACGAACGACAAGUUAUUGUUCGAGGUCUCACAAGAAAAUAAACGGCUGUCGGAACCUUUGGCGAAAGCAUUGAGAGAAGUAGACGAGCUGCGCAAAAUGCUGUCAACUCACAACAAAGACAGGCAAUCGUUCACCCAUACGAAGACGCGCUUACACGACGAGGAGAAGUCGCGAAGCAAUAUGGAAUGGGAGUUUGAAGUGCAGAAACAGCGACUGGACAAAGUUGAGAAAGAACGCAGGGAGCUCUACAACAAAUUCGAGCGCGCAAUAUUUGAUAUAAAGCAGAAAACAUUUCUAAGAAGCUCGGUCGUUGAGCAGAAGCUUGAGGCUCUUGGGGAUCAACUAGAGAAAAAAGAAGCGAAGCUGGGAGAGGUUCUAUCUGCGUCUAGUCUUGACCCAAGUACCCUUCAAAUGGUCACUAUGAAGCUUGAUGAGGUACUCGACAGCAAAAAUCAGCUUAUAAAGGCACUUCACAGUGACGUCUCAAAGGUUUCAAAGGCACAUAAUGACCUCAUCCAAGUUUACGAGGCAAAAUUAAGUGAGUUCGGUGUUCCUGUUGAGGAACUUGGGUUUGUGCCGCUCCUAGCGAAUAGCAACAUAGGCUCAGCGAGUUUUGCGGCUGGGGCUUAACUCAAGGGAAAAAGUUGGCCCGAAAACAGAAUAUCAGUUGAAGCAUGAUGCGGUCUGAUGAGGGCUAGGGAGUCAUGUUUUUACUCGCGCAAUUAAUUUCAAUCGCAUUCAUAUCCCGUGAUGGGCUUAAAUGCAUAGACCCAC